AUGGUUUGGAUGGACGAAGAGGAACUAGAAGGCCGGAUAGUAGGAUUUACAAGAGCAUCGUAUGAAGAAUAUUAUGGGAAGAAGGUGGAAGGAUCAUUUCCAAUCUAUAAACCACCUAAAAGAAUAAUUGAUAACACAAUUACACUGCGAAUUGAACUUGUAACUUAUUUAGAUUCUGAGCCCAUGUUUCCAUUGCAACAACUAUUUGCAUUCAUAGCAGAUGUUCAGCAACCAGACUGGAUCUUAAAAUUAUAUGAAAAUAGAAAUGUCAGUGGCGAUUUAACAAUUAAGAUACAAGAUAAUGAAUUUCGAGCCCACAAACAAGUGUUAGAUCAACGAGGCUUUGUAUUAAAUAAUGCAACUAUCCAGGAAAAUAAUAUUUUUAUUCUUUCGGACCUAAGUCCCGAGAUAUUUGGUAUGCUAUUGGAAUAUGUUUACACCGGCGCUAUCAAGAAAUUGGAUGACUUUGCUGAACCUUUAUUAGAAGCUGCAGACCGAUUUGAACUUAAGGAUCUCAAGAAUCUAUGUGAAAAGACAUUAGCAGAAAAUUAUGUCGAUUAUAAUAAUUUCGUCGAUGCCUACGUUUUAGCUAAACGCUGUAAUGCUAAAGAGUUAUUGCGUUAUGCUCGAUUUAUGGGAACUGUGCUUUCUCAGGGAGACUCUGCCAGAUGGUCUACCAAUAAUUGGCCAACUGCUGAGCAAUUUGAAAAAUAUGCAUUGAUAAUGAAAAAAAUACGGGAAGCAGAAGAAACUUCAAGAGCGCAUCCUUCUGAUGCUCUAGGUGUGUUAAACAAACAGUUUAAUGACUUUUCUACAAAUGGUUUAAAAGUUAUAAAAAAUGCAGCAAUACUAAAAAGAAAUCAGAUAAAGAUGAAAGGUGAAAUAAUGCGUCUCACGAUUGGUGCCAAAAACCACGUGAUUUUAUCAUCAUUUCACUCGAUUGAAAACUCAACAGACAGAUUUUACAUCUCAAUUUUAAAGAAGAAAGAUUCUUCUACAAUUUCCGGGACAUGCGUUUUACAAUUACCAUGCGAGGAGGAUCACCAGGAAAUAAAAAUCUCAACGAUCCGGCCGAAUCUGUAUGUCAUGAAAUAUGGUGGUGUUACCCGGCUUGAGCCGACAAUGACAUGGGAGAUCGUUUCUGGAAAAAAACCAGACGAUCUUCCCGAAGACUCAAAAAUUGAAGUUGUUGUUGAGUUAAUUUAA